AAUUGUUUUUUUUUUAAUCGAGGUAUUCAUGUUGGUUUGCUCCAUCUUCGUCUUCGCCUUCGCACGUUGAAUUUCCUACCACCACCACCUUCUUCACCUUCCUCUUCUUCUCCUAUAUAAUUCUCCAGAGUUCUUUUCCAAGUCGUACGAUCCUCUUAUUGGUUUUCCCUUUUUAGGGUUUUUCCAGGUUUUUACCUUUUUCCCGGGAAAAUCAGAUUCGUGAAUUUCGUUGAUCUCGCGGAGCUGCGAGGAUUUCAUCCAGCUUCGUGUUCGGUCUCCUGGGAAUUUUUAAAUUGAUCGGUCGAUUGCUCGAUCGCGGUUGAUCCCAUGGGGAAUUGCUGCGGAACACCGAAUUCGUUGGCUCAGCACGAGAAGAAGAAAGGGAGGAACAAGCCGAACCCUUUCUCCAUCGAUUACGGCCUCCACCACGGCGGAGGAGCGGGCCAUAAGCUCGUCGUCCUGAAGGAGCCGACCGGUCGCGAGAUCGGUCUGAAAUACACGCUGGGUCGCGAGCUCGGUCGCGGCGAGUUCGGGGUCACCUACCUUUGUACGGACAAAGAAACUGGCGUGAACUUUGCUUGCAAGUCGAUCCUGAAGAAGAAACUGAGAACGGCGGUGGACAUUGAGGAUGUCCGGAGAGAAGUGGAGAUCAUGAAGCAUUUACCUGAACAUCCCAACAUCGUAAGCUUGAAGGAGACAUACGAGGAUGCCAAUGCUGUUCAUCUGGUGAUGGAGCUCUGCGAAGGAGGGGAGCUGUUCGACAGGAUCGUCGCGAAAGGGCAUUACACGGAGAGAGCUGCCGCUUCGGUGACGAAAACCAUCGUGGAAGUUGUUCAGAUGUGUCAUAAACAUGGUGUAAUGCACAGAGACUUGAAACCAGAGAACUUCUUGUUUGCCGACAAGAAGGAAACUGCUCCUCUUAAGGCCAUCGAUUUCGGUCUUUCGGUUUUCUUUAAACCAGGUGAGAGGUUUAACGAAAUAGUCGGAAGUCCUUACUACAUGGCUCCGGAGGUUCUAAAACGGGAUUACGGACCAGAAGUCGACAUUUGGAGCGCUGGUGUAAUUCUUUACAUACUGCUUUGCGGUGUCCCGCCUUUCUGGGCAGAAACCGAGCAAGGAGUAGCACAAGCAAUUAUCCGGUCUGUAUUGGAUUUCAGAAGGGAUCCAUGGCCCAAAAUCUCCCAGAACGCAAAAGACCUCGUCAGGAAGAUGCUUGAUCCUGAUCCAAAACGCCGUCUCACAGCUCAUCAAGUGCUCGAUCAUCCAUGGUUACAGAAUGCCAAGAAAGCUCCCAAUGUUUCAUUGGGAGAAACCGUGAGGGCGAGGCUGAAGCAAUUCUCUGUUAUGAAUAAGCUCAAGAAAAGAGCUCUCAGGGUCAUUGCUGAGCAUCUAUCUGUAGAGGAAGCCUCUGGUAUAAAAGAAGGGUUCCAAGUUAUGGACACAAACCAGAGAGGGAAGAUCAAUAUCGACGAGUUGAGAUUAGGGUUGCAGAAACUCGGACAUAACGUCUCAGAAGACGACCUACAAAUCUUGAUGGAAGCUGGGGAUGUGGACAAGGAUGGAUAUUUGGAUUGCAAUGAAUUUGUAGCCAUAUCAGUGCACCUAAGGAAGAUGGGAAAUGACGUGCACCUCAAGAAAGCGUUUGAAUUCUUUGAUCGGGACAGAAGUGGGUUUAUCGAGAUCGAGGAGUUGAGGGAUGCUCUGUCCGAUGAAGUUGACUCGACCGAAGAAGUCGUCGAUGCCAUUAUUCGCGACGUUGACACCGACAAGGACGGAAGAAUAAGUUACGAGGAAUUCGCGGCGAUGAUGAAAGCGGGAACGGAUUGGAGAAAAGCGUCGAGGCAGUACUCGAGGGAACGAUUCAACAACCUCAGUCUUAAUCUUAUGCGAGACGGCUCGUUUCAGUUCAACAACGACGGUCCAAGAUGAGACCUACAAAAGAAAAUCAAAGUGACAAAACAAAAAAAUAUAUUUUUUUCCUUUGCCAUUACGUGUUAGUUUAGGGAGUAUAUGCACCAUAUAUAUGUAUUUGUAAAAUAAAGACAGAAUAUUCUUUCCAAGUUUUUAGGAAAAAUAAUUUUGUAAAAACUUGAAUGUUGUUUUUUUUUUU